AUGAAUAAGAAAACAAUGAAGAGAACGUUUCGCACUGAACUGAAUCUUUCAAGUGCGAUGCCUUUGUUCCUUGCGAAAUAUCGCUUUGCCAAAUCCGUUUCAAGUGAACGACAGCUUUCGCGAGUGUGGUUCACUCAUCAAUAUCGUCAAAAUACAACCUCUGCAAAGCAAAAUGCGAACACAAAUGUGAUGUCGAGCGUUUACGCUCAACAAAUGUAUAAGGCGUGGUGUAAUGAUCCAACAUCAGUGCAUUCAUCAUGGGACAAAUACUUUCGCAGUGCACACCAGGGAUGUGUGAACGUGCCUCCAGUAGUUCCUUCAACGUCCUCUUCUACAGCAACUUAUCUUCCAUCCAAAACAGGGACAUUUAAAUCGCAUUUAAAAGUGAAUGCAACGAAAGAAAUCAACGAUCACUUGAAAGUGCAAAAUCUGAUUCGACGCUAUCAGAAAUCGUUGAUCUUAAAAGCCGGAGAGCCAUAUCACCUACACGUAUGGUUUAUGUUCGGUAUCCCCUUCAUCAUGGCGAAGGAACACGUGAAAAGUUUAGCUCUGAUCUUAAAAGUUAUUGGUCAUACACUAGCUGCGCUUGAUCCACUGGGCGUAAGUCAUCCACAUCUUGAUUCGAAAUUUUUCUCAAAACCUGAUAUGAAAUCCUAUGGAUUCACCGAACAGGACUUAGAUCGACAAUUCAUUUUGCCUAUGGAUACGUUUAUUGGUGGAAAAGAAAAAACGUUGAAACUCCGGGAAAUUAUUUCGCGACUCGAGAAGACAUACUGUGGACAUACGGGCGUUGAGUAUAUGCAUCUGACUAAUUAUGAGGCAUUGGAGUGGAUACGACGCCGUUUCGAAUCCCCUCUUAGUAUCACGCUUGAUCGGCAACAGAAAGAAAUUAUUCUAAAACGACUCAUUCAGUCCACUUUCUUCGAGGAAUUCUUAGCCAAAAAGUGGCCGGGUGAGAAGCGAUUUGGUUUGGAAGGAUGCGAAGUGCUGAUUCCAGCAGUUAAACAGCUGAUGGAUCGCUCAGCCAUGUUUGGUGUCGAUUCUUUCGUUAUUGGUAUGCCACAUAGAGGUCGUUUAAAUGUAUUAGCGAAUGUGUGUCACCAACCGUUCCCGAUAAUCUUCUCGCAAUUCUCAUCCCUAAAACCAACUGAUGAGGGAACAGCUGAUGUAAAAUACCAUUUGGGUUUAUGCGUUAAUCGAUUCAAUCGUGCGUCGCAUAGUAACGUUAAAAUUGCGGUUGUCGCAAAUCCAUCGCACUUAGAAGCAGUAGAUCCAGUGGUACUCGGUAAAGUACGUGCUGAGUUAUUGUACAGACGAGACGGAGACGCUGAACAUACACUGGCAAUAUUAAUGCACGGAGAUGCGGCUAUUUCGGGUGAAGGUAUUGUGAUGGAAACGUUCAAUCUGAACAAUCUGAAUGCGUACACAGUGAAAGGAUGCAUUCAUAUCGUUGUCAAUAAUCAGAUAGGCUUCACGACAGAUCCUCGGGCAUCACGCUCGUCGCCAUACUGUACGGAUAUUGGUCGUCUGUUGGGAUGUCCAAUAUUCCACGUGAACAGUGACGAUCCUGAAGCAGUGGUGCACGUUUGUAAUGUUGCUGCAGAUUGGCGAAGGAAAUUCAGAAAGGAUGUCAUCAUCGACUUGGUAUGUUACCGACGUUUCGGUCAUAACGAACUGGAUGAGCCAAUGUUAACGCAACCAAUUAUGUAUCAACGGAUCAAACAAAUUCAACCAGUGUUUCGAAUUUAUCAUGACCAAUUAAUCAAUGAAGGAACGUUUGAUAGUCAUUUUAUUCAGGAAGAAGUCGAGAGCUACAAUGAGUUGUUGGAAGAGGGAUAUGCAGAAGCGAAACGAGUGAAACGCCUUCGAAACCGCGAUUGGCUAGACUCACCAUGGCCUGAGCAGAGUAAAUUCAUGAAACGUGAUGAACCGAUUAAUAUACCGAGCACUGGAGUGACCAAGCGAAAAAUUGAUAUCAUCAUGAGUAAAUUUGCCUCCGUACCUGAAGAAUUCAAUUUACAUAAGGGUUUAGAGAAGAUUAUAAAAGGACGUCAAAAAAUGCACGAGGAGGAAAGUUAUGACUGGGCGUGUGGAGAGGCUUUGGCGUUCGGAUCGCUACUUCUUGACGGAACGCAUGUUCGCCUAUCUGGAGAAGAUGUUGAACGUGGUACAUUUUCACAUCGACACCACGUGCUGCACGACCAAAAAGUCGAUGGAAGAACUUAUGUGGCACUCAGCAGUAUGUCUGGAGAGCAAGCUGAAUACACCGUAUGCAAUUCGUCGUUAUCCGAAUACGGUAUUCUGGGAUUCGAAUUCGGCUAUUCAAUGGUCGAUCCAAAUUCGUUGGUAGUUUGGGAGGCACAAUUUGGUGAUUUUGCAAACAAUGCACAAUGUAUUAUUGAUCAAAUCAUAUGCUCAGGUGAAUCAAAAUGGAUCCGUCAAUCUGGCUUAGUGCUAUCGUUGCCACACGGUCACGAGGGUAUGGGUCCUGAACAUAGCAGUGCACGAGUGGAACGCUUCUUGCAGAUGUGCAACGAAGGAGAUGCAACAUUUGAUUCACUUCAGAAAGGUCAAUUCGGUAAUAAUUUUGCCGCAGAACAAUUGGCUGCAACCAACUGGAUAGUGACAAACUGUACAACACCCGCGAAUCUCUUUCAUGCUUAUCGAAGACAAGUUUUAAUGCCCUUCAGAAAACCACUUGUGCAAUUCGCACCAAAAUCACUGCUCCGUCAUCCGUUGGUAAGAUCUCCGCUGGCGGAUUUUCUUCCGACAACAAGUUUCAAGCGUAUGAUAGCCGAUGAUUCAGCAGCCUCGCAAGCGCCUCAUAAUGUCAAUCGUCUCAUUUUUUGCUCAGGCAAAAUUUACUACGAUUUGACAGCCGUUCGAAAAUAUUUAAAAAUGGAGUCAAGUAUUGCGAUCAAUCGCAUUGAACAACUCAGUCCGUUUCCGUACGAUUUGGUUGUGAAAGAGUUGCAUCGAUACAAGAACGCACAAGUGAUUUGGACUCAAGAAGAACACAAGAACGCCGGGGCAUGGACGUUUGUGCGACCGAAACUGAACACUCUUCUCGAAAGUUCGGAUCGAAAGGUUACAUAUGUUGGCAGACCACCAUCUGCCGUUCCCGCAACUGGAAACAAAUUCACACAUAUCAGCGAGCAACGCGACGUGCUAGCCAAAUCUAUGGGUGUGAAGCAGAAUGAAAUUGCAAAUUUUAAGUAA